UUUAUCGCUUCCAUUGUAAAUUGUCACUGAGUCACCGCCAGUAGUAUAUACAUAUAACCUAAAAAAUGCUAGAAGAUUCUAUCGCUUAAUUAGUGAUUGUAAUAUAAAAUAGCGGCGAGGAGAUCAAUCAGCUGUAACAAAAGUCAACGAGAUUAUUGAGAGACGCACCGAUGCCGAAAUACUAUUGCGACUAUUGUGACACUUACUUGACGCAUGAUUCGCCAAGCGUACGCAAGACUCAUUGCCAGGGUCGCAAGCACAAAGAUAACGUGAAAUAUUUCUAUCAAAAAUGGAUGGAGGAGCAGGCCCAGCAUCUGAUCGAUGCGACAACGGCCGCCUUUAAAGCCGGCAAGAUCGCCUCCAAUCCCUUCGCUGCCAAUAAGGGUGCGGCGAUACCACCGCCGCCGAAUCUCGGCUCUAGUCUUGGAUCACGAUCCGGAGUACCGCCGCAAGGACCUCCGGGGAUGAUGCCACCACCUGGCAUGCAUCCAGCUGGACCCAUGGGUCCGGGUGGCCCAAUGAUGAUGGGACCUCAUGGACCGAUGCCCCCUCCGAUGAUGGGUAUGAGGCCACCUAUGAUGGGACCGAUGGGACCAAUGGGUCCUAUGAUGGGCCCCAUAGGCCCUAUGGGACACAUGAGACCACCGAUGAACGGACCACCACCUCCCAUGGUAGGCCCACCACCAAUGAAGAAAUAACAGCCAGAGAAUCUCUUACGUGUUACGUGUAACAUGACAGUGUUGUGGAUACAAUUGACUCGAUUGAGCUUUGCUUGCAUGUGGUUGGUCUUACGUAGAAUGGUCUUAUGCAGACAAAAAUGUGCACACACAUUGUAUAUUUAAGAAUUCUGUACAAACUAUGAAACUAAUUUUGUGGCUAAAAAAUUUGACAAUAUCUUGAUGUAUGUUAAAAUGACUCGUGUGUUCUCCGCCAAAAGUAAAUGUAAUAUUAUUGCAGCAA